AUGGCGUGCUGUCACAAGGUCAUGCUUCUGGUGGACACGGCGGGCGGCGCCGCUCGCCACAGCCCGGUGCGGCUGGUGGCCCUGCGCCUCCUCACUUACCUGAGUUGUCGGUUCGGCCUGGCCCGGCUCCACUGGGCCUUCAAGUUCUUUGACUCGCAGGGGGCGCGGAGCCGGCCGUCCCGCGUGUCUGACUUCCGAGAACUGGGGACCCGCUCGUGGGAGGACUUCGAGGAAGAGCUGGAGGUCAGGCUCGGCGACGGCCCUCGCGGCGCCCACCUGCCCGGCCCGGCUCCCAGGGCCACCCACACGCACGGCGCCCUCAUGGAGACCCUGCUAGACUACCAGUGGGACCGGCCCGAGAUCACCUCGCCCACCAAGCCGAUCCUGCGCAGCAGCGGGAGGAGACUGCUGGACGCCGAGAGCGAGGCCCGCGAGGCCGAGGCGGCGCUCGGGGGCUUCGGGAACACCAUCUUCCUCCUGGCGCCCUGUCCGCACUCGCAGCGGGAGCUGCUGCAGUUCGUGUCCGGGUGCCAGGCCCAGGCUCAGCGCGGGGUGCUCACUCCCAAACAGGUGACCGAGAAGCUCCUGCCCAAGAGAGUCCAGGAGGUCAUGAUCGCCCGAAAUAUCACCCUGUACUGGGUGGACUCCACCGAGUGGUCUAAGUUGUGGGAAUCCCCAGACCACAUUGGAUACUGGACAGUUUGUGAACUGCUCCGUCUCGGAGGAGGCACUGUAUUGCCAGCUGAAACUUUCAGCCGGGGUUUUCCCAAGGCUGAAGAAACAAUGCUGGGGAAUGAAGGCAAGCUGUUAGAUGAACCUCGCCUUUCCCCUUGGAUCCCCGCUCUGCCAACUGAUGCAGCUUUAAACUGUUUGCUUUAUAAUUCUCCUGAGUAUGAUGCCUCAUUUCCACGGAUAGAAGGAACGUUAUUCCUCCCUAGUAAAGAUAAAGAGAUUCAAGAAACAUGGACAAUCUCCCUAGAACCCUUAGCCAUGCAUCAGAGACAUUUUCAGAAGCCAGUCAGAAUUUUUCUGAAAGGCUCUGUGGCCCAGUGGUCUCUCCCAGUGAGUGGCACUUUAGGCACUGACAGCUGGAUGCUACAAAGUCCAGAGGAGCACAAGUCAAUUCAAAGGCUAUCAUUUCAACAGCUAGUAAGCAGGCUAACUGCUGAAGAGUUACAUCUGGUUGCCAGUGUGGACCCUGGUGAGGACUGGCCCACCAUCACUGGGGUCAUUUCCCCUCUCUCUGCUAAUGCUAUGAUACUCACUGUGCUCUACAACAAAGAGACUGAGUUUCAACGACAUUUUCUGCAAACAGUUGUGCCUGAAGGUCCCCAGGAUACAGCUUCCUUUUUCUCAGGUGUUGUGGAUGAUGUACUAAGCCAGAUUCAUAAUUCAUUUGAAGAUCCUCCAUCUUCUGUUCCCCCCGUUCCAGAGUGGGCCCAACAGGAGCUUGGCCGCACCAUUCCCUGGAGUCCUGCUGUUGUGGAAAAGUGGUUUCCUUUCUCUAAUAUUAGUGGUGCCAGUUCACAUUUGAUGGAAUCAUUUUGGUUACUACAGGCUGCCUCAGCUAAUAAGGAAGAGUCCUCUAAAACUGAAAGUGAAUUAACAUGUUGCCUUUCUGAGCUCUACCAGAGAAAAUCUCAUGAGGAAUCUGCUGUACCUAAUAGAGAAGAAAGCCGAAAGAAACGUGGUAUUCCUCGCACUCCAGUGAGACAGAAGAUGAACACCAUGUCCCGUUCCUUGAAGAUGCUGAACGUGGCAAGGCUGAAUGUGAAAGCUCAGAAGUUACAUCCAGAUGGCAGUCCAGACAUGGCUGUGGAGAAAGGGCUCCAGAAGACAGCUGGUGGAAGAAUGGCAGAUAAACUGGAAGACAAAGGAAGAACAUUAAGAAGUUCUAAACUUAAAGAUCUUAAAACUGAAGAGGAGCUACUAUCUUAUAUACAUGAAAGUUACCGAAAGACUCUGACGGCAGGAGAAGCCACAUUGUAUUCUUGUGCUCAGAACAUGGUUUCAACCAUUAAAGCUUUUCUAAAAUCAAAAGGCACCAAGGAAUUAGAAGUAAACUGCCUGAAUCAUGUGAAAAGUAACCUCUUAAAAACUAGUAAAAGUCUUCGACAGAAUCUAGGGAAAAAACUGGAUAAAGAAGACAAAGUCAAAGAGUGCCAGCUUCAGGUGUUUCUUCGCCUGGAAAUGUGUCUGCAGUGCCCUUCAGUACUGGAAAGUACAGAUGAGAUGGAGCAGGUAGUGGAGGAGGUGACAGAUCUGCUGCGUAUGGUGUGUCUCACCAAGGACUCGGCAUACCUCUCAGAGUUUCUGGAGGAGAUUUUGAGAUUGUACAUUGGCUCCAUCCCAACAACAAUUGGAAAACUUUAUCACAGCCUGGGGUUUUCGAUUCCUCAGAAGUUAGCUGAUGUCCUUCCUACAGAAUUUUUCAGUGAUGACUCCAUGACACAAGAGAGCAAGUCACCUCUUCGUUCUGUGCCUCUUUCAUCAUGUGCUCCCAGAUCAGUGUUGGGCAGCACUGAAUCUGACCAGCUGGAGGAGCUGCGGACCCGAUCAGCCAAGAAGAGAAGGAAAAAUGCAUUAAUAAGACAUAAAAGCCUUGCAGAGGUUUCACAGAAUCUACGGCAAAUUGAAGUUCCCAAAGUGUCCAAAAGAGCUGUGAAAAACGAGAGUUCACAUCCUGCUCCUGUGCAGCCUCCAAUCCCUGUGAAGGACACAGGCCAAGAAGUGACCAAAGUUCGAAGAAAUCUCUUCAACCAGGAAAUGCUUUCUCCUUCAAAGAGAUCACUUAAGCGGGGGCUGCCUAGAAGCCAGUCUGUGUCAGCCAUGGAAUGUCUACACCAAAAACCUGACUUCAAGAAGACCAAAAGUACUACAUUUCAUGGUUAUCACAAACUGCUGACUAAGCAUGUGGCCGAGACCCCAGUCCACAAGCAAAUCUCCAGGAGGCUGCUCCAAAGACAAAUCAAGGGCAGAUCCUCUGAUCCUGGUCCUGAUAUUCAUGUGGUUGAAGAGUCCCCGGUAAAAGGCGAGGGCGAAAUAAUUUUGAGACGAAGUCCUCGAAUCAAGCAAUUGUCAUUUAGCAGAACAAAGUCUGGUUCCUUCUAUUCUGUAUCUCAGCCAAAGUCUCGGAGUGUUCAAAGAGUCCAUUUGUUCCAGGAGAUGAAGUCAGACCAAAGAGAAAAUUCACCAGUCCAAAGUAUUCAGUCUCCCAAGAGGCUUCUUUUUGGGGCAGUAUCUGUGAUGUCCAGCCCCUCAGAGAAGGCUUCAGCCCGAACUAGAAGACCCUCGAGAAACACACUAGAUUCUGAGAUGCCUACAGAUUGCCAGACGCCCAAGAAGAGUUACCAGAAAUCUCCAAGCUUUUUUAACACUACACCAAGAAGGCUUCCUCGUACACCACAGACCCCACUAUACACUCCAGAAAGGCAGCAAAACUCCCCUGUAGAAAUGACAGUAGCAGAGCAGGCCAUUUCUAAGGCAUCCUUAGAAAACUCCUCACACGGCUGUGGCUCACCACUGGCAUCACAAGUCACUCCUCAGAAGGGAACCUCCCCAACAAGAGAUAGGUCCUCUCUUCUGGCCACAAAAAUUCUUAGAACACCCAAGCGGUCAGGUGCAUGUCCACCUGGGUUUUUAUCAAACAGUGCACAGCAACCAGCAGUGAAUUCUAGUCCAGAACAUCCCUAUUGUCCAGCAUCCCCAGUUCCCUUGACUUCCCAGCCCAAGAAUGAGUGUCUGAGCCCCAGAUACUCCUUUAGAACACCUCCAAGGGCAAUAGCCAACACGGGCACACCUGAGCAUCAGAAAUGCAGACAGCCCCAUCACAGGGCUUGUCAGGUACAAGAACCAGCACAGAAACUAAAGCAUAAAGCUGUCAAAAUCCCAAAGAAACCAGAAGAUACAAUUACAGCUUUCCCCCCAUCUGUUUCUCCAAAGAAACAAUUUACCUCUCCUACAUGUAAUGUCAUGAGCCCACUCAGAAAAUCUUUGUCAAUGUCCCCUCCCCCUAGAGAAAUGGAUUGGAAAGAGCUCCAGAGGUCACCAAGAAUAGAUUUAUCUGUCUCCUGUUCUUUUCCCUCAACUCCACCCAAAAACCUACAAGGAGCUACCUCUAACCUCAUGCCCCCUCCCCCACCAUCUAAACUUGGGAGACAUUGUACUAAAACUUCAAGUCCUCAACAAGUUUUCCUAGAGUGCCAGCCUGGCCCCUCUGAUGUUCCUGAACUCUCCACAGCUACCAGCGCAACUGCCCUUGCAGGCCCUAGAGAGGGUCAGAAGGAAGAGAGCCUGUCUCAGUCUCCUAAAGAACAGAGUUACCUGGGCCCUGGUUUGAGGAGUCACUGGCAAGAAUCCCCUCCUUUGCUCAUUGUAGAUGACGCUGAGUACCUCACUCUGCCUGAUGAAGCCAAACACGCUGGCCUUGAGAGCCAUAGGGGCAAAAGUGACAGCUUGCCAGAGGAAGGUGAGGGGCCAAGGACAGCACUUGCUGAUGAGCCCCCCGCUGUGUCUGGCCCUGGGCUCCCUUCAGCAGCAUCUUCUGUGUUGAGCUCCCCUGAACGGCCGUCCUAUGCCCUUUGCUACACUACAGACAGGAGGCCACACCAGGCUGCGGCACAGCAAGAGAACCUGCAAGCUUUGCAGACCCCUGGCAGCCCUCUGGCCUAUGAGGUCGAGCUGGAGAUGCAAGCUUCUGGACUUCCGCAGCUGUGGAUUAAAAAGGUGGAUCCUGGCACUCUUUUGGAAGCUGAGGCCCUUGGAAAUGUGAACCCUCUAGCGGAGGAUGGUUCCCUCCCUACCCUAAGCAUGGCCAGAAGCACUAGGGCCUCUGGUAAAGCUGAGCACACCUAUCUGUCACCCCCCUGCCUCCGCCCUGCUCACAGCACUCCUGGCAAGAGUGGGGGGCAAACCUAUAUCUGCCAGUCCUGUACCCCUUCCCACUGCCCCUCCAAUACCCCAUCUCCAUUUCAAGCAGAUGUUGGAGUUCCUUGGACACCAUCCCCAAAACAGAAUGGGAAGACCACUCCUGAUACCAUCAAAGAUUGGCCCCGCAAGAAAAGGGCAGUGGACUGCAGCACUGGGCCCUCUGCUGGGAGGUGUGAGGCCAGCAUGGACCUCUCUGGGGCCUUGUUGCUUGAGCCUGAGCCUGAGGGGAAGGAGCAAAGCCCUGAACCUGGCCUCCACAAGGCUCCUAUCUUGGAAGACUUUGAGCUGGAAGGUGUAUGUCAACUGCCAGACCAGUCACCUCCAAGGACCAGUGUAUCUAAGGCUGAGGAGGCAGCCUGGGGACAUUUUGGGUUGGGCUCCAGGAAGAGAGUCCUGUCUGCCAAAGAAGCUGAGUAUAGAGCAAAGAGGGUCUGUGACCCCCCGAGUGAAGACUCCGAAGCCAGCAAGCAUGAAGAAGAGUGCCCAUGUUGGAGUGUGCCGCCACUUCCCUCUGUCGGGGAUGAUGAGGUGUUUGUUUCUGGGUCCACCCCACCUCCCAGCUGUGCUGUACGGAACUGCCUGUCUGCCAGUGGUCUGCAGGCCCUGACCCAGUCUCCUCUGCUGUUCCAGGGAAGGACGCCAUCCUCUAAGUGCAAGGACACCCGAGAUGAGGAUGCAGAUGUAUUUCCCUCCACUGCUGGAGAGUCUCCUUUCAGCCAAAACAUCACCCGGAGACGGCCCUUCAGCAGAUCUUACACACGGAAGAAGCUGAUGAGCUAGUCCAGGUGGAAUGCAGCCAAAGGACUCAGAACUGCAAGCCCUACCCAGCCCGGCCAGAUUUCCUGUAUUCCCAGAGAGAAGUGCUUCCGAGUGGCUCCCAGAUGCUUACCAUCAAAGAAAUCCAGCCAUGUUCCCAGAGCAAGAGUGGUCAGGGGUUCAAUGUCAUCCUUAGCGCCACAGCAAAUUUGAGGACAGCCUGGGCAAUUAUAGGGAUCUGGCCCCAGGCUUCUUUUCAGUGUUGAAAUUCCCACUAAAAUGCCUCAUGGUUUUCA